AGGUGUUCCUUUUCUCUUCCAACAGAAUUACUGCCAUGGCAACUCAAGUGCUGGGACAGUCUGGUGGGAACAGCCUCUUUCCUGGCACUUCUAAUAUUGGCAUGGCGUUGUCCAAUGACAUGUAUGAGUUACAGGACCUUUCUAAAGCUGAGCUGGCAGCUCCUCAGCUUAUUAUGUUGGCAAAUGUGGCCUUGACGGGAGAAGUUAGUGGCAACUGCUGUGAUUAUCUGGUUGGAGAAGAGAGACAAAUGGCAGAAUUGACAACAGUGGGGGACAGCAACUUCUCAGAUAGUGAUGGAGAGGGUAUGGAAGACAUCCAGGCUGCAGAGAGUGACCGUGACGCACCUGAGAAUGUGGAAUUAAGCUCCCUUGAGGUUCCUAGUGUGGACACUCAAGGUCCAGCUGCUUGUUCCCCUCCUAAGACUCCCAGUGUGGACAAAGAUAGCUCAUUGGAAGCACUGAGUACUCCAGAAAGCACAGAAGACAAGUGUAAGAGUUUGAAGAGCAAACCAUUUCGUUGUAAGCCUUGCCAGUAUGAGGCAGAGUCUGAAGAGGAGUUUGUGCAUCAUAUCCGGGUUCACAGUGCUAAGAAAUUCUUUGUGGAAGAAAAUGCAGAAAAGCAAGCACAGGUGAAGGAGUCUGAUUCCUGCACUGCAGAGGAGGUGGAUUUCUCUAAGGGCCCAAUCCGUUGUGAUCGCUGUGGCUAUAACACUAACAGAUACGAUCACUAUCUGGCUCACUUGAAGCACCACAACAAAGCAGGGGAAAAUGAGAGAGUCUACAAGUGUACCAUAUGCACUUACACUACUGUCAGUGAAUAUCACUGGAAAAAACACCUAAGAAAUCAUUUUCCCAGGAAAGUGUAUACCUGCUCAGAGUGCUCCUAUUUUUCAGACAGAAAGAACAAUUAUAUUCAACAUAUUCGAACUCACACAGGGGAGCGACCCUAUCAAUGUGCAAUGUGUCCUUAUUCCAGCUCUCAGAAGACUCAUUUAACCAGGCACAUGCGCACCCACUCAGGUGAGAAGCCAUUCAAAUGUGACCAGUGCAGCUACGUGGCCUCAAACCAGCAUGAAGUGACUCGUCAUGCGAGGCAAGUGCACAACGGGCCAAAGCCUCUGAUCUGCCCGCACUGUAACUACAAAACCGCUGACCGCAGCAAUUUCAAAAAGCAUGUUGAGCUCCACAUCAACCCACGCCAGUUUCUCUGCCCUGUUUGUGAUUAUGCAGCGUCUAAAAAAUGUAACCUGCAGUAUCACAUCAAGUCCAGGCAUCCCGAUUGUUCUGACAUCACCAUGGAUGUCUCAAAGGUGAAGCUACGGACUAAAAAGAGUGAAGCUGACUUUUCUGAGAGCGGUAAUGACAAAGUGGGGAAAGAACCAACAAAAGGAGAUUCAGCUGCAAAGAAAACAGAGAAAAUUGUGAAGGUGGAGAAAAAAGAUAAUUCAGCAAAGGAAAAAAAGUCAGCAAGCAGUGUUUCUGCAGGCCAGGUGACAACCAGGAGUCGGAAAUCGGCUUCAGAAAACAAGAAGGUGGAUAUUAAAACUGAGAAAAGUACUGAGAAAACAUGUAAAACAAAGAAGGUCAAAAGAAAAGCAGAGACUGAGGCAAAUUCCUCAAAACAAGAGCCUGCAAAUGAUACCUCAGUAGUAACAAAAAAGAAAAAGAAAGUGGAAGCUAAACCCAGAGACUACCAGGAAGUUCAAAAAAGUGAUGUUGCACCAGAGGAAGAACCUAAAAAGCAAAAUUUUUGCCUCAAGAAAAACAGAAAAAAGAAAGCUCUGAAAAUUAAGCACAGUAAAAAGAGCAGUAAACUUGAUCAGGAGAAGAUUGAGGAAGAGGAGAUGCCAGAUGAGUAUCCUAUUACAGAAGAAGAUGGACAUGUGAAGCUGGACACUGAGGGCAGUGACCAAAAGGGGCAAGGUCCCAGUGACACAGUGGCAUUAAGCAACAAUGGUUGUCAUGCUGUCAGCGGGGAGAGUGCUGAUCUCAAGGGAAACUGCAUCCAGGGUCCAGGGCAGCUUUGUCUGCCAGCUCAGGAUGCAAACACAGAAGGUGAGGUAGAGGACCAAGAAAUGCCUGUGGCAGCGGGAGAGAGUGAAGAUACUGGUGGUGCAAAAGAGGAAAAAAGACAGGUGGACAAAGGGGAAGACGCUUGCUCUCAGGAAUCUUCCCAUGCAGCGUCUUCUGAAAAAAGCUUGGAUGUACUCAUGGAUGUGGUACCAAAUCUGGCACCUGAGAAUGAGCCAGAUGAAACUGUGGCAGAAACUGAGACUAAGUCAAACCUGAUGGACUUGACCAAGACAUGCCUGCCAGCAACAGAGUCAGCAGCAGAUGCUGUGCCAGUGCCUGUGCCCACAGAAGGGUGUACACAAAGCCCUAAAGUGGCUCUGUCCUUAUCUCGGGAUAACUCAGCCAUGAAUGAAUCUCAGGAAAUGGAUGAGGAUGAGGGCAUCCACAGCCAUGAAGGCAGUGACAUCAGUGACAACAUAUCAGAAGGAAGCGACGACUCGGGCUUAAAUGGUGCUCGCUCUGUACAAGAGGAAACAAGUCCAAAGAUGUCACAAGAAGCUCCAGACACCACGGUGGCCAGGGAGAACUAUGUGUGCAUUUUUUGUGACCGCUCAUUUAAAAAGGAAAGUGAAUACAGCAAGCACCUCAACAGGCACUUAGUUAAUGUGUAUUAUCUUGAGAAGGCAGCAAAAGGGCAGGAGUAGAAAUAGCUGUGGUUUGGGGAAUCUUCUUUUUUAAGAUCCUACACAGCUUGUGUAAAAAUAUUGUAGACUUUUUUUUUAAGCACGGUUUGCUUUAGUGUCUGCAUUGGUUUCUUUUUUGGUUUAGGUUUUUUUUAAGUUGAAAAUAUUUUUGACAACUUUAUGUGUCAUGGUGAACUCAUUAACUAUUGGAUCUCUUAAUUAGAGAAAGCAGGUAGGGUGUAUGAGGUUGUGUUCUAUAAAGUCACUGUAAGCUUCUAGUCUAUUAGCUUAUGCAGCUCUUUUAUAAAAUGAGUUUUCAGAACAAGACUGGAGAUAACAAUAUACAAGUUGGAUGUUUAUAGAGCCACUGGUAUAAGUUGCUUUUUAUUCUAGCAGCCAACUCUUUCUCUCCCUUUUUCCCCUUUCCCAUUUUUUUUUACUUCUUUUCAACGUGUCUUGAUGUUCAAAGUGUUAAACUACUUGAUGGUUUUUCUACCAGGAAGAUAGAUUCUAUUACAUAAAGAGCACUUUGUAAAAGAAAUCUAAGUUGGCUAGUGAUGAACAUAACUGUUUAAAGCUCGUUACAAUUAUGAACAUAUAUUUCAGAUCCCCUAAGCAUGAAUGAUGAGCCAAAAUUUGAGAGUCCUUCCAACUUUUGAUUGGAGAACCUCUGUUUUGAUUAAUAUCUUAAUCACUGGUUGUAAUUGGCUUUGUUGUUGGGGAGCAAGUUUGUUAUUUUUAAUUUCUGCUUUUUGUUUUUUGAUUGUGCUUUAAGGGCUUAAAAUGUUGCACUUGUUUUUGAUUUUUACCUAUGCAGAUUAAUCUUCUAGGAAUAGUGCUUGUGCAGUAUGUGUACACUUUAUAUAUGCAUGUUUGGUUUUGUAUGGGUAAGUUUGUUUUUAUUUGGAAACAUUCAGACUUGUUGCUUACUGUGGGACAGUUUUCUAUGGCAGUUUUCUGUGGUGCUCCUUACUGCAGAUUUUUUUUGUUUUCCUGGGGUGUGAUUAACUGUGCAUAAAGUUGCUGAAAUUAUGAACUGCUUGGCUAUCUGUUUUUAAGUUGGUUUAGAAUUGUAUAGUCCUUGAGCAAAACAAUACCAGUGCAGUUCCAAAACUUUUACAGGAUUUAUUCUGUCAUGGAAAUGUGACUUCUGAUACUUUGAAUACACAUUCAGAAUAAUAAAUUCUGAUUUGUAAUUUGGGAUCACCAGACAGGAAAAUAAUCACUCUCAGUGGAAACAGUCUGCAGAUUCUGCAAGUCUGGAAUUUUUUUACCCCCUUCAAUUUUCAUUUUUGUGGUGGACAGCAGUCAAACUUCAUGAGUUUUAAAAAAAUCAAAUAGUAGCAGUGAUAUAAUCUAACAUCCUAUAUACACAAAAAACCCAACAAACAAAUAAAGUUGAAUCAACUGGUAAGCAACAAACCUGGCAUUAAAAAACUGUAGGAAUUUCUCCUCCAUAUUAAUUCAAAACCACCCUACUUUCAUGCAGAGAGAAACAUGUAAGUUGUCAGAUUGUCAUCUCAGGUCUACAUGUCAUACCAGGAGUUUUUAAUUCUAAACAGAUUUGAUUUCUAUCACACAAAUGCAAGAGAGAUUGCAUACCUAGCUGCUUGCUAACCAACCAGUGGCAAAAUGUAAACAAAACCCAAAGCAGCAGGGAAGAAGCAAAACCCUCCAGGUCCCAUCUAUACACUCUUCUGACUGUCAUUAGCUGCCUUUCCAGUGGGAGCAGUUAGGGACAGCUCCAAAGAAGCAAUUUGGAGGCAGGUGUUACUUGGGGAGUAGAGUUGAAGAGCUCAGACAGCAUUUGUCAGAGCACUUUAUUGCAAGUAACUCUCUCUAUGUAAGCUCUGGGAUAAACCCCAUUCUUCACUAUGUUGUCCCCACACCAUCUUCCCCUCCAAACAAACCCACUGCUGUAAAUUAAUUGAGAGCAACAAUGCUACAUUGCUUCUGCUUUUGGGAGAGGUAACAGGAGGCCAAAGAUUUGAGAGGGAAGGCAUCCCUCGUGGCAGAAUUAAGUCGUAUAAUGUAUAGUGACUUUUUGUUUGCAUAGAUAGUGUUCAAUCCUUACCUUGGCUGCGACAAUCAUUGUCAACUCAAAAUCAAGUUGCAACUAUAUUUAUGUUAAACAUUAAAAAAACAAACCUAGUUGAAUUGUUUUCCUAAACUACGAGUUGUAAUAGUUUUAGAUGUAUUUUUUUUCCUUCAUAAUAGUAUUUCUUUAUAUAUAAUUGUUACCACCAUUUGUGAGUGAUGUGAGCAGAUGCUGGGAAUUCCAUUACUGUGGAGAGGUUUAAAACUCCCUUCUUAUCAUUGUGAAGAAUCUUUGCCAUUUUGCGAGAGACUUCAAGGACUUUAGCUAGGUUCAAGUAAACUCAUGGACUGGCCUGAUAAUUUUUCCUAUUAUUUUUUAAAUGAAAAUUAUGCUGUUGACUGACUUUGAAGCUCUCUCUGUGAGACAAAAGCAAAGGUAGUUCUCUGAAAUACUGUACUGCGCAUUUCUGUGAAGUGGUCAAGGUUUCAAUGCUUGAUCUGACAAGAACUCUUUGAACACAACAGUUGGCUCCUCUUUGGCGGAGUUUUCUACCACAGGACGAGAAACUGAAAAUAAAUUAUUAACAUAUUAAGAAGAAGAAAAGUUGAUUUUUUCUGUCCAAGACCCAUCAACAACAUCCUGAACUAGCUAAUCUUGGUGCAGAACUGUGCUGGAAUUCUCUGCAAGGUUUGGGAUUAUGUUAUGAUAAAAAGGCAAGGAUGUAAUGCAUUAUAUUUAUCUCAAAUGUUAGGCACUGCUAAUACGAGUAUUUGAGGGGGAGUGUGGGUCACAUAGCCCACCAUAAAUGGUGGUCUUACAUUGCUGUGUCUCCCUUUAAACAAUGCCUUUUUUUUUUCUUUUUGUCUUUUUCAAUAUUGUUAAAUUAUUUUGUGUUGUUUUUGCCAAUGCUAGCAUGUUUGUGAUUUCUUGGCAAUAAUAACUGUAUUUGUCUUCAACCUCCAGUACGUGGUUGGAAGGAUUAGCAUGCUGAUAUACCCCUACACUGCCAGCCCUUGGUUGAGUCAUAUGUUUUGGGCUUUUUCUGUAUGAAUCUAUACACUCAAACUAACUGCCCUGAAAAAUGGUCAAGAAAUGGAUAGGUAGGCAUUUAAAAUCCAUGGUAUUGCAAUUGUUGUUUCUGGAUUUUGAUGAUCUAGGCUGGAACUGUAGUCAUUUAAAGAAGAAUGUUUAACAGCUGAGAGGCCAGUUAAGAUACAGUAAUGUCAUUGAUUUCAACAGAUUUAAUGUAGCUGAAAGGUAUUAAAUAAAAUUCAGGAGUUUUCUUGAA